ACAUAUUACUUGUGUUACUUUGACAGCUAUCACAGCCUAACAGCGGUUGUCAAAUUUUACGAAGUAUUAUGAUAAAUAAGAACGAUGUUAUCAGAGUAAGUGUGUUUUGAUCCGUGGAUUGUAUGAUAAAUAUAUUGUGAAUCUACAUAUUUGGGAAAAAUUAAAAAAGGUUGAAAGAAAUAAAAUGUUUAGACCGGCACAUCCAAGAGUAAUGAACCAUCGUCCUCGUUUUAAUGUACAACAGAAUUUUCAAUGGCGAAGACCUCCAGCACCACGUGCAUUUUAUGGAAGUAAUAACGAUUUCCGCCCUAGACCGGCACAAAUGUUACAAAACGCCAAUCUAGAACAUUGGUGCGAAACGUGCGAUAGAGGUUUUCCCACUGAAAAUCUUUUAAUAGAACACAAAUCACAACAUCAGAAAUGCAACAUAGAUGGUUGUCAGUUUGUUGCCCACCCAAAGGUGAUAACAAAACAUAUUCAAAUGCAACAUUCAUCAGGUUUAUUCAAAAAAAUAUCAAAUCUCAAUAAUCCUGAGGAAAUAAAAAAAUGGAGAGAAGAAAGGAAAAGAAAUUUCCCUACUAGAUCCAAUAUUGAAAAGAAGGCAGCAGAAUUGAAGGAAAAAAUAGAUAGGGGUGAAAAAAUGGGGUUGAAACAUACACAAAGGCCUAGAGAUGCAAAACAAGGUAACAAAAGAAAAUUGGUGCCAGGUUUUAAACAUCAUAAUGACAGAAAAGACUUUAAAAAGAAGAAAAUAUGUAAUGCAAAUAAUGAAGAUGAAGUGAAAAAUAAGCCAACAAAUAAAAAAAAUGCUGACAAGUAUUUACCACCUGUGGAAGAGAGAAGGAUCCCUCAAUUUGGUGGUAUACAGGGGCUUAUAACUGGUACUGAAGAUAAAGAUGAUGCAGAAGAAACAGAUAGUAAUUUAAUAAUUGAAGAUGAUGAUAAUGAAAGAUUUAUAAAUAAUUCAAAAGAAAUAGCUAAUUCAAAUGAACCAGUCCUUUGUGGAGCUUUGGUUUCACUUAUGUGCCAAUAUGGGUCAUCAGAUGAAGAAGAUAACAAUACAGUAGAUACUCAGGCACCAACAACCUUAAAAGACACCAACAUAAUAAAAAAUAAAUCAGACAGUAAGAGUCAGAGCAAAGAAAAUAAAGAAAAUUUUGAAGUUCAUAAACUAUCUAGUGAUCACAGUAGUACACUACAUGAUGAUAAUGACAGUGGUCCUGAAGAAGUUAAGGUAGAGAAAAGUAUUGAAGUUGAGGGUGAUGAAGCUUCUUCAAAAGAAAUCACAAAACAGAUGAAGAAAAGACAUCUAGAUAAAAAAGAAAUUAAACAUGUUAUUAAUUCUAGGAGACAAAAAUCAAAAUUACCUUCUACACUUCUACAAAAAUUAUUAUUUAAAGAAAUUCAAUAUGAGCGCAAUAUGGUACUUCAAUGUAUAAGGUACAUAGUAAAGAAUGACUUCUUCGAUAAAUAAAUAAAUCAUACUCAUUUAAUUUGAGAGUUUGGACACA